AGAUUUCUGGAGAACAACAACAUUUCCAGUGUGGAACCAGGAGCCUUUCAGAGUUUUAGUAGAUCCAGGUUGUUUUCUUACUUGUAAGUUUUUAGUUUUCUUUGGCUUGCGGUUAAUGUGCCACAUGUUCAUAUAAUUUCCCUUUCUUAAUCGUGUUUUGAACCCGAUUCGAAUUAGUGGAUUAUUGUUAUUAUACAUAUCAACCUUGUUACACAUAGAUAUAUCAUGUAAGCUAUAAUUGAUAAAGGUACACCUUAUCCCACCCUUCUCGGGACAAUACAAGGGAGACACGAAACAAACUUGGCAACUGCGAUGAAAGUCGGAACCAAUUUAGUAUAGAUGAACAGUUCUAUAAUCAUGCCAGCGAAGUAACGUAAAACUAUUAGCAAAACGUUAGGGAGCUCAAGCAAAGACGUUUUCGAAAGACGCAUGUCAACCGGAAGUGGACCUCUUACAUUUUUGGUCAGUGAUUUUGCCCAAACUUUCGGCCAAAUUGUCUCUACAAGAAUAAAGAGACUUACCAAUAAAAAUUUGUUAGCGUCAAGGCAUACUCAAGGAGAGAAGGUCUCACUUUCUGUAGACGUGCAACGCCCAAAACGCCUGUGCAUAAGCCCCCUAUUAACAGUUUUAAGGAGUCAAGUAACCAUAAUCUGUUUCAAGGUCUGCUCAAAUUAGUCUCGAACGUUGAGACAGCUUUCCUUCUCUUUCCACUAUCCGUUUCAGGAUCUGUGGUAGACGGUCUUGAUAAGGUGGAACUCUUCGCCUGGCCAUUUUCUUCAACUGAGGGAGAAACUAUACUCGGCAUGUGUGACGGUUCCUUUCCUCUUUAGAUAUCUUCCGAUGAUGGCAGUAUUCCUCUAUAACUGAACAUUCUGAGAAGACCUCACAGUAAUGCUGUUGCCUUUGCUGUCUAGUGACAAUGUCAUACGGUCCCAGUGCAAAUGCUGCUGACAACGUUUUUUUCUUGUUUCCCUCGUUUUAAAGGCCUCUUUCACCUGUAACCAGAUCUGAAUAUUCGGUAUGGCUUCUCUUGUCUGCAAAGAGGUUAAUCCGGAUUUUCCUCUAGAACUUAAGCUGCACCCACUCCGGUGGUACUCUGAAGAGUCCAUCCGUAUUCUAUCAAUUAUUAAUCAACUUCUUUCUUCACUGUUAGCCUUCCGCUUGCGCAAAUCGCAUUGUUUGGAUAGGACUGGUUCUGAAUUUCCGCCCGGGUCAGGAUGGUGGUUUAUACCAGAGCCGGACUAACAAUCAAGGUCUAGUAAAGUCAUAUUGUCGAUGAUUUAAGACCUUGUCUCAGAUGAUCGCGUCUUCCGUCUUGUCUCCUUCCUUCUUUCAAUGGUCAAAUCGAAGCAAACAUGAAAGAACACACACCGCUGUUCGAAAAUGUCUCAUAAAGUAGUUAUGGGGUCUUCUUAUAAGGCUGGUUUGGUGAAUUAAACAUAAGAUAAGCAGGGCUUCGUUUCAUUUAAGUUACUGCUUUUUUCUCAGUUAAUUUUUCCAUUACAAGCCGAAUAUCAUGGUGCCAAAAUUUAAUUGUUGCUAAAAGAAUGUCUAGGUAGCAGAAGUCUUCAAGGAAGGCAUUUCGGAGAAGCUACCGUCGCUAUUGUGACAUUUUGUCAAUCGUAAAUCGUGCACGUGGAAAGCCGUCACAUCAAAACUGUGAGUAUUUGUUUUUUGGACCUGCCUUUCUGUCAAAUAUCGCCGCCAGCGCCUAUGAACGUAAACGAUGACAACAAACUUGAAAAUGUUCAAAGAAGCUUGGUGUUAUUUUUUAACUGUUACGGAACUCAACAAGAAACCUAAAGAAAGACAGGCAGGAGCCUUAUGCAGAGUUAUGGGAAUAAACUGUGUCAAAGUAAUGAAUAGCCGUAAUACACUAAUCGGACUUUACUAGAAAAACUCAGAAAAGACUCUGUCUCUCUUGGAGUUGGUGAGUUCACAAACGUCAGUUCGAGGACACUGCCGAUUCUCCGAACACUGCUCAUACAGCAGAAAAUUAAACGAAAUAAUAUUGGUAGCAGCGGAAACCCAAGAGGUCGUAGCAAAUGUAGAAAAACCAACAGGUCUGUGCAAGUAUGGAGACACUGAAAACCAGUGAAGUUUCGUGAAAAGAAGCAGCCAUGAAGUAAACCAGCCAAUAAAGUUUAUCAAAUAAGUGGAGAUCAACAGAGAUUUGCAGAUGAUAGUGAUUAAUUGGACGACUCAUCUUCAUUAUUGAGAGAGUAGGGGUUGUCACUGGUAAUGUAGGUAGAUCGACUUUUAUAAUACCCUUAACUUUUCUCACUGAAUACAGUCGUACAGUUACAACUCAGCUGGAUGAUACUCGAGCGACAUGCACUACAAUGUCCUGUGCAGAUUUUUUGAAUAUUUUCCAGCAAAGUUCACUUGGCCACCCAUGGAGGUAAGAUCAGGCUUUAUGACGGCAUUGUGGUCACUCAACUGCGCUCCUACUCAUUUACAGUUAACCGACAAAGAAGCCCAAAGUGCAAGAUAAAAUUUGACAUUCUGGAGAAUGCACCGUGGCCCAUCAUAGAUGGCAGAAUAUACAUUGUGCGAUGUUGAAUAGCCUCAAGAGCAGGAGAGCCUGUUCACUUAUAAAUGGCAAGCAUGAACCGCUCACUAUAGAUGAACUUUUGAACUAAUAUGAAGAUGUGUUCACAUGACUUGGUUGCCUUCCAGUGGGAUAUCACAUUGAAGUAGAUUCAGCCAUCAAGCCAUCAGAUGUCACUGGUAAACCAUGAAUCAUCUCCUGGCUGUCAGUGAUCUUCUCAGAUGUUCUGGUUCACAUGAUCGUAAUUUCAUAAUGUCUGCCGAAGUAGUCAACCAAGAUCGACUAACAUAGAGUCACCUGACGGUAAAGGACCUAAUAAUCCAGGACCAAGUGCUGCCAUGGAACUUGUGGUAAGGGGGUUGACUUAAUUGUUUUAGGCUAGGCAGGACUGCCUGCUAACUGUUAUCCCAACUACGUUUUGCGAAAUCUUCCCGCCUCCUUAUCAAUCUCAGGAAGCCAUACUUCAAAUUGCAAUCUCUUCUGUCUUCAGACUAGCAAUACUUGAAUUAACCUCGUAUUUCAGCUCAACGACUCGUGGUGUCAACUUGCUAACUACUCAAUUCUGGUGCAAAUGAUCAUAACAAUUCUUUAAUGAGAAAGUUUCUUGUCCUGUAACAGUUCUAGGUAGGCGGUAACAUCUAGGACUGAGUUCAGAACACUAGUUGUCCGUCGCUAACUUAUUCAUGCAUUUGAAUGUCAGACAGACUGACCUGACCGGUAGCCACCGUAGGUUCUUAAACAUAGGGGUGUAGUCGUACUUCCUUGUUAGUCGAGCUUGCUUUAGCAGAGUGAGACUCAGAAAAUGUAGGCGUUUCUUUUUUUUUUUCAUUUUUUUUUUCGUCUAUCCGUCCCAAAUGGUAGGUUCGAGUCCCAGGCGUUCCUAGCUUAGAAUAGAAAGCUGCGUAGACUGCUUGCAGUCCACCUUUUCUCUUAAAAUCUGUCUAGUUCUUAUCAAAGCAAGCCGCUUGAGUGCUUAGGUUUCGCGUGCAGUAACUUUGCAAAGAAAAAAAAGAGACCGAGACUGCUCGCAGUCUAAAAGCUGCGAAAGAUGUCCAGUUUUUCCUUGAUUUUCGUUUAUUUACACAUGCGUAUCGUUCGAAUCAAUUCAGAAACAAAUCGUCGAAAACGAAUUAAAAAGUAAAUAUCUUGAAGAAUACUCGGCCGUCGAUAAAGUAGGAAUUGAAAAACUGUUAGCCAGGAAAUUCUGCUUCGUGUAGAAUUAAUCGCCUCCUAGACUGCAAGCAGUCUCUUAUUUUUCUUUUGAGUUACAGUAGCUCGAGAGCACAAUUUUACUUUUUCGCUGGCGGCGUGUGGCUCUGAGAAAAGAAGAAAGACCGCUCCCCGUCUAAUCGCCUCGUUAUUUCUUAUCUUAUCUCCAAGCAAGCGAGACUCAAUGCUGCUUAUAACAGCGUUCUUGUUCUACUAAUGAUGCUACAAACAGAGUUUCAGACAAUCUAGAGCGUUUUAGUUGGACUCAGUAGUAUUUCUCCAAGCGUUGAAACAGUAGAAUAGUUUGCCGGGACAUUUAUUAAACAGUUAAAGCUUUUUGACCACAAACAUGGUUUACUUGAUUUAUCUGUCCCCGGUGCGACAUGAAGGUGAAACUAUCGACAUGGGUGUGAUUUGUUGGUUUUGAUGAGGGAAAUACUCCUAGAUCUAACAGUGUUUCAACAGAUGUGAGGUACUUUCCCAGCAUACUUAGACUAUUCCAAUUUUUAGAUGUCUUUGAUUCAGUUUUGUCUGGCUUGAUAAAGCAAUAGAGUUUUUGCACGCGGGCUUACAUAUGUUUCUUCCUCUUGCUCAGGGGAUCAAGAAUUUACAAAUUGUUUGUUAUUUUCUGUCUUUUUCAGCCACGAUUUGAACUUUGAAAAUAGCAGCGUGAUUUCCUUGAUAAAAAAGGAAAGAAAACGGGCGGCGCAAACAAUGGCUUCUCGAUUUUGAUUAGCCACUUGCAUCUUAUGACUGUUUGAUCCUCUCCUUUUAUUGGUUUAUUUCAGAAGGCUAAAAUAUAUUUUAGCCCGCAAAAUGCGCCAAAAUGCCCGACAAAGUGAUACUAAUAAGUAAAUUAUUGCACGUCCAGCGACAGGCUCACCCUCAGUCUUGAUGGAACAUAGAUAUGGAAUUUGGCCUGUCCUGAAGGCUAAAUGUAGGCAACAAUUGAGUGUCAUUCAGGUAAUUCUGCGGGAACGAGUGUCUGGGCAUGUUGGGAGAUGUUCCUUAAAUACAUACUGAAACAACAGUGGCCCUAACUAUACUUCUUCGGGGUACUCCGCUGGUCAUGGGUAAACUAUCUGAAAUGACGAUGUUGAUUUUGGACUUGAUUGCCCGCCAGAAGGCAGCUGCGAAACCCUGGAUUUGCAUAAGAUGACAAUCUAACGUCGUGGAAAAUGCUGUAGAAUACAUUACUCAUGUUAAGCAGCACUAUGGCACGAAGCUGUUUCUGAUCUACAGCCUUAACAACAGCGUCAGUUGAUUGAAUGAUGGAUUUAUCGCAAGCAUCCGUGGUCUGUAGCCCCCUCUAGUGAUGAAGUCAAAUUGAUCCUUGUUGGUGAUGUCUCUGUUGAUUUUGUCCAGUUCCUUUCAUAACUCUUUCUUUACGUCGGAAGUGGGGGACAGUGCUGAUACAUACUUGCUAACAAGCAUGACAGGACCGUAUGUGUUGCUGCCGCGAAAAGCAAGGAGUCAUUUAUUGCUAGUAGCUAGGCUAUUCCUCACUACAGAACCUUCUCCAUGCUCUGGACUCCUUGCCCAUAUAGCUAUUUUCCCUCAGUGUGUGUGUCAGCCAUCACAUCCGUAUUUCCUGAAGGGUAGCUAUUCCCACAGAGCAUAUAACAACCUUGAACCUAGCGUGAUACUGAAUGAAAUGAAUACUAGUUAUGGAAUAAAGCCAGUAUACACAGUAUAAAGUAUACAGUUGUCUGUCAGUUUUUUGAAGGCAGCCGUUUUGCCUAGUAUCGUCUUCUGGAGUCACGUAGUACGUGCAUUUGGAAUCGAAACGCGAGCAUCCUUUUCAGAAGUGUCUCAAUUUGCCGCAAAACCCCCAUUCAAGAUCCUUGAUUACUUGUACACAGCCGCUUACAAGGCCUGGGCUCUUAAAUCUCCACAAGGGGUUAGGACAGUUUAUAAACGGAGGGGCUUAUAUCAGUUCGGGGGCCUAAAACCGGAAUUGAAAAAGCGCUUCGAAACUAGCGUUAGCGUUGCUAAUCAAAAUACGAUUUUCAUUCAUAAUAUUUGUCAUAUUUCGUCUUCAUUUCAAUACAAGUUAGAGGAAGGCUUGUGUCCAAGGGUUUCUUAAUCGCGGAUGUACUUUUUGCUUUGGCUAGAUAGACCUAUAAAACGGGGAGAGGCUUAUUAGUGGGGGACUUAUAAACAGCAUUUUACGGUGUUGUGAUUGAAUUCUUUUUAUUUAGCUCUUUGUAAUUGUGUAUGAUAAUGGAUGAUGGCGAGGUCAUACAUCAAUAAAACGGACUUAAACUCCAAGGGAAACGUUGAACCAAGACAUAAGCAAACUGCACUGUGGGAUCUAUUUGCUGACAUUUGAGGGUCACAAAAUACUUUUACGAUUACUUUCCUUUUAAAUGAAAUGUAGGUCGAUCAGUGGAAACAAGUUGACGAUUCUUAGAAACAAGACGUUUUCUGGCCUUAACUAUCUACAAAAACUGUGA